AUGGGGUCAGAGUGUAAUAGCAUGACCCGGAUGUCAGGACGUACUUCCUUCUGCGUCGAAGAAUUAUUUAUGGAACAAGGCUUUGAAAAAAGGCGAGUAUUGAGAAGGUCCUCUGCACAGUUUUAUGUAACAGCAGAGGAACACAUUAAAAAUGAGAUGAAACAUGAACGGCAUCUAACGGAGACCUCUCGUCUUACUUCAUCCUGGGCAAAUCUUCGUCUCACGGGGAACGAUAAACCAGAGUAUUCAGACUGUGGUUUUUCUUCGCCUGGAUCUUCGGGAAGUAGCCCUGUUGGUCACCGUCAAAAUUCCUUCAGUGGCCCCCUUGUGAUCUCUGUUACAUGCCCCGGUGGCGGAGGGAUUUCAAACACAAGCGCUAAUGAAUCUAGAUCCUCGGUUGCGAUCGCCACUACCCCGGGCAUUGUUUCCUUCUCUCAAUCAGCGUCUUGUUAUCCUUCUCCCGUGGCUUCUCCUAUUUCAUCACGCGUUCAGUGUUAUUCCCCCAGCAUUGGCCUCCCGUCUAGCUUUACCGCUAAAAAGCGAACCGCAAGUGUAAGUAGUGGCAGCAGUGCGAGCCCGCUGAUAUUUGGCAACAACCGUGGAAAGAAGCGUGCCUAUAAAUGUCUGCAGAACAAUGAUAUGUUUUAUAAGGCGGAUUUGCGGCUACUUUCACUGGGCAAGGCGGUCAGCCACAUUUCUGGUGGAGUAUUCCUGGCGAUUGAGCAUGGGCAUCGACCGGCCGAGAUCGUGCCCUGUAUUUAG